AUGCUUGCUGCUCUUGGUGUUGUUGUUCCUGAGCUGUUAGAUCUAUUUGGGAUAGUGCAUUUUGUGGAGCCUGUGUGGUGGAAAGUUGGUUAUGCAAAACUUCAGAAUAGACAUGAGAUGUACCUGCCACCUAUCUGCUACGUACAUAGACGCUGUGAAAUGGGCAAAUUGUAUUACAAAUUAUGUAAAUUUAUGGCUUUAGCUAACGAGUUGGUUUCACAGGGUGAUACUCUUGAUUACCUUGGGAUUCCUGGGUUCCGAAUUGCUGGUGGUCAAGGCAUCAUCGUCAUUGCUAUCUGUCAAGCCCUUUUGAUGGUUGGGCCAGAAUAUGCGAGAUAUUGUGGGAUCGAGGCGCUAGAACCCUUGGGAAUAUAUCUUCCUGGGGACAUAAACUACCCAGGUGGAGCACUGUUCGACCCCUUGGGGCUGUCCAAAGACCCUGUUGCGUUUGAAGAACUCAAGGUGAAGGAGAUCAAGAAUGGUCGUCUGGCAAUGGUUGCAUGGAUCGGAUUCUACGCCCAGGCGGCUGUAACCGGCAAGGGCCCUGUGCAGAACCUCGUCGAGCACUUGUCGGAUCCACUCCGCAACAACAUUUUAUCCCCCUUCCUUUGA